AUGUGCUGUGGAAGAUACAAUGGAUCUGCAGUUACUUCUGCAACAGAAAUUUCAGAGGUCCAGCAAACACUUGUGAAAGAAGGUGUUACAGAAGUAGAGGUAUCUGAGCAUCGUGUUUUUCCCCUUGGAGAGAACCGCUGGGAAGAUUCUUCUAGACUUAGCAGGAACCCAAAAAAAGGAGGUGAAAGCAAGACAAUGAAUACCACAACAAGGUGUCUUACUUGUCGAGGGAAGGGUCGCUUAUUGUGCACGGAAUGUGAUGGAACAGGCGAGCCAAACAUUGAAGAACAGAAUUUAUAA